CCAGUAAAGGUAUAAAAAGGGGAAAUGGAAAGACGAACCAUCAAGACAGUUUCUUUUACAGCCCAGCUUUGGUGUGAUUGUCUGAAGCUGCAGUGACUGAGGAGUCCAGGGGGUUGCUUCUCAGUGACCAGCGAUGGCUUUCUGUCUUAUUUUGUGGGUUUCCUGGAUUUCUAUGCUGUCAAAAUACAUUUGUGUUUCAGCUGGAAAUGGGUUUCAGUAUCGGCCAGGCUAUGCCACGACAAACCUCCUGGAUGAUCAACAUGAAGAUGUCCGUAACUCUUUGACCUUUGACGAAGCAAACAAAGACACCUCAAAGUCUCCAACGUCAAUUUUAUAUUUCAGUUUUGAUGAUCCCUCGGCUCAAACUGGAAAACCACCAGAGAUGCAGAAUAUUCCAUUUGUUGAGAAAAUUGUAAAUGGCAUUUCAAGAAAGUGGGAUUCAAACCUCUUUGAACCUAUCACAUUUCCUUUAAAGCCUGGUAAUCAGGUUGUUGAUUUGACACUGAACAGGCCAGCUCAGGGAAGUCCAUUGGAUGCUUUCAGUGGUAUAAAGCCAGCCCCUAUAAGCCUUAGUGGAACUGGAUCUUCUGACCCCUUGACAAAUCUUAAGCCAAGCCACACUUCAACCUCUUGGUCUAUGGCUUCCCCUGGUUUCCUGUCAAAGAAACCUGCAAAUAGUGGCAGUGAGGAAACGCACCCGUCACCUUUUCUGUAUAGACAUGUCUUUGAGGGCUCCAGUCAAAAAGGGAUUGGUUCAAGUAAAACUCCAAGCCUGUUUGAGGGAGUGUCUAACCGUGACGCUGAGCAUUCUGGGUCUUCGUCUGGAAGUGGUAAACCUCAACUUUUGCCUUCAAUGUUUAAGCCUUCUCCAAAUCAUGCAUCCUUCGAAACUGGCAGCCAUUUUGGUCAGGGAGAUGACUUGAUGGGGCUAGAGAAAGUAAACUCAGUUUUACAAAAGAAGCUCCCCAUGAAAAAUCCUCUAGAUUCUAAUAACUCUCAGAAAUAUGGCCAGAGAAACUCUAUUGAUGCUGACCCAUCUACUGCUCAUUCCUCUCCAAUGUGGAAGCCUUCCUUUGAUAGCAAAGAAUGGAUGAUGUUCCCCUUCUUCUUCAACAUGGUUGACAACUGGAACUUUGACUUUCCUCAAAUGGAUGUGAAGCCCCAAAAGUCAUUGAGUAGCUCAAAGAACAGCAAAGUUUACCAACCAGUUUACAGUAUGAUGCCUCAAAAGCGGAUCAUCAACUCCAAGAGCGCCUACAAAAGAGGAAGGUUUGUCUUAUCCAAAAUGACGUACACUCCAGAACACCAGAUGCAACAAAUCAAGGAUGCCCCUGUCUCGAGCUCUUCCAAAAGACCAACACAACCCCCCCAAGGUGUCAAAAUCUAAGGAACACUCAGAGGUUUCAACUUUGAAGUCGUGCUCUUUGAAAGAAAUAAAUUGUGUUUUGUAUAAA